AUGUGGUCACGCACAUUCGCGGGAGAUUGUAUCGCGCCCGCCAGGGAGCGCCUCACGCGAGCCGCGGAGAAACUGCGUGCUAGUGAUGUGUAUAAAAUUACUCAAAUAACUGAAUCAUCGACAAAGAAUCAAGAACCUAUCGAUAUCGAACCGACCUGGAUCAUCACUAGCGGAUGCGGCGCGCGCGCAUGGGAGGCACGUCGCCUCCCGCGAGUGAACUGCCGUAGUACCGGUGAUACCGGCGCGGAUACGGUGCCGGAGUGCCGGCGGUCAUUGCAAUGCCACCUGGAAACUCAAUCAUGA